ACAGUUGUUUGUUUAUUGAUUUCUGUCCUUAAUAACGAAGGGACGAAAAUUACUGAUUAACGCGCUCAACAGAUUUCAGCACGAGACUUCUUCUAAUAUUUCUCACGAGUGGAAUUUCUCACAAGGGGAUUUCCCUUUUUAGAUGCAUAAUAGCAGGUGUGCAGCGUGCUUUGUCAUUGUGGUGUGAUCAGUUCUUUUCCUUCGUCCAUGAGUUAAUAAACGCAGGACAUGAUGGUGAAACUUGAAACGAAGGGCAAGCUCAUUCUCAUUUUACUCAUCCUGAGCAUUACUAAUACUAGUGCAAGAAGACGGGGGAGGCACAGGGAAGAAAGUGAUGGCUUCUCUUUAGGUGGUCUCCUAGCAAUGGGUUUAUUCGGAAUAGGUGCUGUAGUCGCAGCUCCAGUUGUACUCGCAGGUGCAGGAUUUACAGCGGGUGGAAUAGCAGCAGGAUCCAUUGCAUCAGGCAUGAUGUCUACUGCAGCAAUUGCAAAUGGUGGCGCUAUUGCAGCAGGAAGUACAGUGGCUGUUCUGCAGUCAGUUGGAGCUGCAGGGUUAGGAGCUGCAGGUGCUGCUGCAGUUGGUAGUGCUGGUGCAGCAGUAGGGGCUGCUGCUGUUGCUGCAAUCAACCAAGAUGAGGAUGAGGAUGAAUGAUUCGGAUUAAAUGAAAGCAAACUGUGUUUGUUUUUACUUAAGUAAGAAUUUCUAGUAGAUUUAAGGAACUUUCAUUUUCAGUACAGUAGACUUUUGGCCAAUGAAUCAAUGCUUAGCUUUCGCAGCAUAAACUUUUAAAAGAGAAAGUGUAAAGAAAAGCUUAUUAAAUUUGAUUAAAGCCCAUGGGCAACAUUGUUAACUACCAAUGACCAGUAUCGGCAUUUAAUUUUAAUGUGACCCAAGUCACAAAACAUAGUUACAUUGAAUAACUAAUCAUUAUUUUAUUAGCCAUAGAGUUAACCCUAACCAAGUUACAUUUCACUCAAACAGCAGAUUUUACUCCCCGUUUCAACUAAUGUUGAAUUGCUUAUAAAUGAAAUAUGCUGCACCUGACUAAUAGAUUGCUUUAGUUUGAUUAAUUUCAUAAUCUGAACUUAGAAGAUUUCUAAAAUCUUCACAUGUGAUCUGAUUUAUAAGGAUGACUGUGAAUUUUUAAUGCAUUUGUUUCAGACUUUGUGUUUGGCAUUUGUGGUUUGUCUCUUUCAAUGAUUCUGUGCUAGAUUUCAGUAUAAACUUAAAGGAAAGGUAAACGUUUGGGAAUCACUCGUUUGGCAAUUUAAUUAUUGGCAAUAAAAACUGUUGGUUAAAAGCCUACAGGGGUUUACGGUUAGUAUAAAGCAUUCUGAGAGACAUUUCACUUCUAAGAUGUGGUUAAUAAAAUUUAUCAGUUUUUAAUCUCAAAAAUAAAAAUCUGAGAAGCGUUAUUGCAGUAACACUCCUCAGUUUGGGUGAAGCGUUAUUGCAAUAAGACUCCUCAGUUUGGGUGUUAUUGUUUGGGAUUAUUCUUCCCGAUUUAGAUUUUCGGCGAUAUCUUGUACAUUUUGAGCUUUGGUUUUUCCUUUAAGAAUGACAAAGAUCUACCUGGGUGUUAUAUAAAACAAAAAAAUACGUCUUUUGUAUUCUUACAAUGGAGAGAAUAUUUAAUUCGAUGAAAGGUGGAAUGUUCCAUUCAACUCGACUUCACCUCAUUGGUUUGAACAUUCCAUCAUUCAAUAACUUAAUUCUCAUCAUUGCACGAAUGCAAACAAUCGUUAUUUGUUAAAGUGAACACUUUAGAUAAUGCGUAAUAAAAAGAAAUCAAAAUAUAGUGGCUGCUUAUAGAUUUAUGAAAUACUGGAACACUUCAAUAAAAAUAGACGUAAAUUGUUUCUCAACUAAAA